AUAUAUGUCAAAACAAAAUCUUUUGUCUCUGAAAAAAAUUGAAUUUUUCAAGAAGUUAAGAAAGAAAAAUUAUUAUUUGUGAAAAACGACUCCAUCCGUUUCAAAUUUGUUGAAUUAACAAAGAACUGACAGAGAACUAUAGCAAGGAAGAAAGGACAUAUAAUUCCACUAAAAACAUUGUUUUCAACGGGAAUAAGCACAGAGAAAUUUGCUAAAAGUGAAUUUUGAACAAUUGUUGAUGUAUUAACUUAAAGUACGGUUCAAAUAAUAUUGACGAUAAAAAAAUACAUAAACAUAGGAUUCACUUAGAGGAACAAUGUUUGAAUAUUAAUAAAAUCCAAACCAAUGAUUGAGAAAAAUAGAUACAAGAGACAACGACGUCGUUUUGAGGGGAGUAGAAAAAGCGGAAACAAAUAAUUAAAACGCCACUGGCCGAAUAGCAUCUAUUUAACUUGCAGUAGUUUUCAAUCUUAGAUUAUAACGUACUUCAUUGAACCAAGACAACUUGUUUAUAUUAGACUUGCAAUUUUUUGAGUAAUCUGACAUUUUUUAAAAACGACGUUGGUCAGCACAUUUGCUCAUACAUUUCGAUUUCAGCCGUUCGUCCCCUUACGAACAUUAAAGGCAAAUCGGCAAACCAAUGCCCAAGGAUAAUAAACCUGGAGCACAAGAGCGCCAAAAAAGUUUGCUAUUCACAAACAGUCAAAACAACCAUUCGCCUAGCAGUUCUGUGAAUAGUGGUCGCUAUCGCAAAUUUUUUAUACGUGGACGCACAACAGUGGGUGUACAGGGUUCGACAGCAGCUAGCAGUGCUGCACGUGAACCACGCUGCACUCUACCAUCAUCUACACAAUAUGCUGGUGCAAGUACAAGCUUGCUACAUGUCGGGACUGUUUGCAGCGUGUCCGUGGGCAUAAAUUCUAAACAUCAAAAACUCACCGAAGUUCAACGAAAGUUCCCACUUUGGUUGCCGGAGUACAAAACGAACGCUUUUAAUGCUUCUAUGGAUGAAAAAUAUGUGGAAUCGAUUUGGGCAAGCUUAAAAAAUGCUAUACAGGAGAUUCAGAAAAAAAACAAUUCUGGCUUAUCUUUCGAGCAAUUGUAUCGCAAUGCAUACAAUAUGGUGCUGCAUAAGCAUGGCAAUCGGUUGUAUUAUGGAUUGCGCGAAGUGGUUUCCGAACAUUUAGAGCAAAAGGUGCGGCAGGAUGUACUUGAAAGUUUACAUAAUAACUUUCUUCCCAAGUUAAAUCAAGCUUGGAGUGAUCAUCAAACUUCUAUGGUAAUGAUACGUGAUAUAUUGAUGUACAUGGAUCGUGUUUAUGUACAACAACGCGAAGUGGAUAAUGUUUAUAAUUUAGGCUUAAUAUUGUUCCGAGAUCAGAUUGUGCGUUAUUCAGAAAUUCAAAAAGCUCUACGAGAAACAUUACUCGGAAUGGUUAUGGACGAGCGCAGCGGAGAAGCCAUAAAUCAUUUAGCGAUUAAAAAUGCAUGUCAAAUGCUCAUGUCAUUGGGCAUUAAUACGCGAUCUGUUUAUGAAGAUGACUUUGAGAAACCAUUUCUUGCACAGUCUGCAUCUUUUUAUAAGUUUGAGUCACAUAAAUUUCUUAACGAGAACAAUGCGGGAGUUUAUAUAAAGAAAGUAGAGGCUCGUAUACAAGAAGAAUCUGCAAGAGCAGCCCUGUAUUUAGACAAAGACACGGAGCCACGUAUCGUUAAGGUUGUCGAGGAUGAACUUAUUAAGAAACAUAUGCGUACUAUUGUUGAAAUGGAAAAUUCUGGUGUUGUUUACAUGAUAAAAAAUUCAAAAACAGAAGAUCUUGCCUGUACCUAUAAACUGUUUUCACGUUUAAAAGAAGAAGGUCUCAAAGUAAUUGCUGAUACAAUGUCGUCAUAUUUGCGAGAACAGGGCCGAAUUUUAGUGAAAGAAGAAGAAAAUGGAAAUACGAAUCCAAUAACUUUUGUACAGAAUUUACUUGAUUUAAAAGAUCGUUUUGAUCAAUUUUUGCAUCAUUCAUUUAACAAUGAUCGAUUAUUUAAAAAUGUAAUAUCGGCGGAUUUUGAGCAUUUUUUAAAUCUCAAUCAAAAAUCUCCCGAAUACCUUUCUUUAUUUAUUGAUGAUAAACUCAAGAAGGGUGGGAAAGGUAUGAGUGAACAAGAAAUCGAAACAAUUUUGGACAAAACUAUGGUCCUUUUCCGAUUUCUUUUAGAGAAGGAUGUUUUCGAACGUUAUUACAAAACUCAUUUAGCCAAACGCCUACUCCUGAAUAAAUCAGUUUCAGAUGAUUUUGAGAAAAAUAUGAUAUCAAAAUUAAAGACUGAGUGUGGAUGUCAAUUUACCUCAAAGCUGGAAGGAAUGUUUAAAGAUAUGUCCGUGUCAAACACCAUAAUGGAAGAGUUUAAAAACUAUGUAAAUAUACACAAUCUAUCAUUAUCGGGUGUUGAAUUGACAGUGAGAAUACUAACAACAGGAUUUUGGCCCACUCAGACUGCAACACCUAACUGCAAUAUACCCUCUGCACCCCGUGAGGCAUUUGAAAUAUUUAAGAAGUUUUAUUUGGAUAAGCAUUCGGGCAGGCAGUUAACAUUACAACCACAAAUGGGCACGGCUUAUAUUAAUGCAGUAUUUUAUGGCCGCAAAGUGGAUAGUGAUAAAGAUAAAGACGGUCCCAGUUCAAGCAUGUCCUCCAGCUCAAAUGGUUGCACGGUGCCAACAAAUACCCGCAAACAUAUACUACAGGUGUCCACGUAUCAGAUGUGUGUAUUAAUGCUGUUUAACAACCGUGACAUGUUAACGUAUGAGGACAUACAACAGGAAACCGAUAUCCCUGAACGGGAGUUAGUACGGGCACUUCAGUCGCUGUCAAUGGGAAAACCUGCACAACGGCUACUUGUGCGAAAUUCAAAAACGAAGACAAAAGAUAUCGAUCCAACAGAUGAAUUCUAUGUAAAUGAUGCAUUCGUUUCCAAAUUCCACAGAGUUAAGAUUCAAACCGUUGCCGCAAAGGGAGAAACUGAACCUGAACGCAAGGAAACGCGGGGCAAAGUAGACGAAGAUCGCAAACAUGAAAUUGAAGCAGCUAUUGUUCGUAUAAUGAAAGCAAGAAAACGAUUACCGCACAAUUUGCUUGUAUCUGAUGUUACAUCGCAAUUGAAAUCGCGAUUCUUACCGUCUCCUGUUUUCAUCAAAAAGCGAAUAGAAGGCCUUAUCGAAAGGGAAUAUUUAGCCAGGACGCCCGAAGAUCGAAAAGUUUAUAUUUACUUGGCCUAAACUCUCAUAAACCUAGUUUUACUCUAAAAAAAAAAAAACGAAAAAUAGCAGACGUGAAUAGCAAAAUGGGUCCUAAGUAGAAAAUGACAACUUUGUUGUACUGCUGCAUCAUCACCACAUAACAUAUGAUAACGCUGUUGAUACUUUCUCAUCUCACUUUUUCGCCAUUUCUACUUUGCUGAAUAGGUCCAUUUUUGCACGCUAAAAUUUCGAUCUAAGCAUUUGAUUUCGCUCAUCGCCUACUUUAUUGACUUUUGUUUGUGCGUACUCCCACUUUCUGGAAAAUUUCUCAUAGAUUUAUAACUUCAAAUAGAAGAAAAACAUUGACUAUUACAAAUGAAUGCAAAUAAUUACUUAUUACAACAGAUGAUUGGUCUUUUGGUGCAAAUAUCACACGUACUACUUUGUCAUCGUUGAUUAUGUACGAUAUUGUGUGGUUGAAAUAUCACACAUACUACUUUGUCAUCGUUGAUUAUGUACGAUAUUGUGUGGUUGAUACUUGAUGAUAGUAAUUUUGGUCAAAUUGUAGAAGCGGUGACUUUAAUUUAGUUCUAAAUUUAAAAAUAAGUUAUUGGGUGUCCUACGCAAUGUGUUGGGGGUCAAUCACGAACAUGGCCUACGAGAUAACAAACAACAAAUAGCAAUAUGAACAAAGGAACCAACCAAAUGUAUGAAAUCAAAAGUUCAAAGUUCACAAAGUCUAAAAACUUGAUUUGAUUUGGUAAUUUUUAUUUGGUAAUGUGUAAAAUAUAAUGAAAGGUAAUGAUGAAAAUAAAAUCUACUCAGACCCAAAUAAACUAGCUUAGGGUUUUAUUUGUUUUCACUUAUUUCUUUUUUAUAUACUGCAGAAUUGAAAUGUAUUGAUUUGAUUUACUUCGCUAACAUGAAUAAGACUUGGUGGACUUAUGAAUUGAUUGAAUAAUGAUACACUUAAAUAAAUUUAAGACAGAAUAUUUUAA